AUGGCUUGGUCCUGGUUGCUUGCAUGCUCUGCGUGCUUGCUUUGGACUCAGCUCAGCUUCUCCGAGCUGGCGGACGAGAUUUUGCCCGCUGAGGCAGACGACACUUGCCAGGGACGCACCGAAGAGUGUGACCUGUCUUUACGGCAGCUCCGAGCGGACAAGCUUGCGGUACUCACACAAGAGGACGCGCAAACCUCGGAGCACUCCCUGGUAGCAAACUCCGAAACAUCCGAGGAAGCCCUUGGCAAGAGCAAGGGCUCGUGGUACUGGGGCCUGGCGCAUGGUGGAACCUGGACAGGCGGAACUUGCAUGUGGAAUAACUGCGACGCCAGCCGGGGCAAAACCACCUGCCACCACUUCCGCUGCAUUUGCACGGAAGGCGUGGCGGCUGGCGGCAUCUGCGUCGACCCCAAGCUCGAGCCCAAGACUCACCUUGGUCUCCGGCGCACCGGCGAGGCCUGUAGCGUUCGUGGCUACUGCCUCGAUGAGGCGGGCCCGGCCGCCUGCAUAGAAGGCUACUGCUUCUGUCUGGAGGGCUCCGUUUUUGAGAAUGGCCGAUGUACCGAGCCCAAAAUGGAGGGCGUCACCGGACCAAGUGACGGCGCAGGUCCAGGUGAGAAGGACAAGGAGGACGUGCCCCAAGUCGUGGAGGAGGCUACAACUACCACUGAAGAAUAUGUCGAGCCGGAGGACCCGACUGAGGAUCCGGACUGCAGCGACCAGAUUGCGGGCACCGAGUGCUUCAAGAAGGUGAGGUGGGCCAUGAGCGACGGGAUCUACGGGAACCCCGAGUGGUACAAGGGGCUGACGCCGCAGUCUCCUCCAAGCAUGUUCCAGGACAACUUGUACCGAGCAGGGGAGGGCGGCUGUCCCCGGCCUUGCACAGGUGGACUUCCCGAAGAUCCGCUCCACUUCCCCCACUCUGUCCUGACCAGAACGACGAGGGGCAUCCGCCCUCCCAAGCAUCCCUUUGAGUACAACGGGAUCGAGUGGCCCACCAUGAAGAUCAAAGGAAUGAAUACGCAUGUCUUCGUAGUUGGCGACUGGGGCGGCCUGGCGGGUACCCUCCCGCACAACAGCCAGAUCAUCCAGUACAAGGGCGGACAGACGAUGGGUCCUCACGUCAUGGGCCGAUAUCGCACCGAUGCCAAGACACACGACCUCUCUUGCUCCACCCCGGAGAUGUCGGACUGCUUUGCCACGAACGGUACAAAAUGCCCGGCACGAUGUGGAUGGAUCGAAGAGAUUGACACCAGAGCGCAGCACCUGGUGGCAGAGCAAAUGAUCAAGCGUGCUAAGAUGAACAACCCCGACUACCUUCUGAACGUCGGGGACAACUUCUACUGGGGCGGCCUCUUUGGCAAAUGUGGGGAAACACCCAUGUCAAAAAUCAACGACAUCACCCGCGCGCAGUUCAACUGGAUUUUUGAGAAUGUCUACAAAGGGCCUGGACUGGAUGGAAAGCCAUGGCUCAGCGUGCUUGGCAAUCACGACUGGGGAGGCCGUGAGAUGGAUGCUGCGUGGGAUCAGCAAAUCGCAUACACCUGGGCCAGCAAGCGCUGGGUCCUUCCAGCUCCUUACUGGAUGCAGAAGGUCGAAUAUGUAGACCAGGGCUACACCGUCGACAUCUUCAUGAUCGACUCCAACAUUGAGGAUGCUGAUGAGGAUGUGAAUUCCAACCCAGAGCACAACAUCUGCGGUGCUGCGCACAACCCUCCAGGCUCUACGUGCUCCAAGGUCGGCGGGCCUUCCAGCAUCCACGAGUGCCACAACUGGUUCCAGAAGCUUUGGGACGAGGGAGCCGAGUGGGCAACGGAGAAGCUAAAGAACUCCGACGCGCAGUGGCAAAUCAUGGUCACACAUUUUCCAUGCGGGCAUAAGGCCAAGUACUACAAGGAGCUGCACUUGAAGUACGGGCUUGAUAUGCUGGUGACCGGCCACGCUCACUAUCAGAUGAUGUACUGGUCUCCGGAGAAGAUCGGCGGGCUCACCUGCUUCAUCAGUGGCGGAGGGGGCGGCAUCACGUCGGAGAACAACGUUGAGCCGGACAACGACAAUGACCACCAGUACGGCUUCUUCGACCUCUCCAUGUCCAAGGACGAGAUCAAGCUUGAGUCGAUCAAUUGGAAGGGAAAUGUCAUCCACACUGAGAUCGUGGAGCCGUAUGACGGCGUUGACACAAAGAAGGCCGAGCUGGCGCCUUGCGAGGUUCCGAAGCCGGGGUCUCCCUGCUUCAAAGUUGUCAAGUGGGCCAUGCAGGAUGGCAUUCACUCGAAUCCAGAUUGGUUUCCUGGCCUUACUCCGUCUUCACCCAUGUCCAAGUUCCAGGACAAGUUCUACCGAGAACACAAGAAUGGCUGUGGCAAGCCAUGCUGA